UUGAAUAGUGUUGCUUUGGAUGAAUCACUUGAAAAUUUAUUAAAAAAAGAGUUAGACUUAUUUGUAAAUGAUAAAGAUUUCUAUGAAAGAGUUGGAAUGCCUUAUAGACGUGGUAUUUUAUUAUAUGGAAAACCUGGAACAGGAAAGACUAGUUUGAUAAAUGCUAUCUCUUCACAUUUAUCUCGUAAUAUCUAUUUUUUGAAUCUCAAAAAUAUUACGGAUGAUAAUGAAUUAAGUGCUGCGUUUAGUGAUGUUCCCGAGAAUCAAAUUAUUGUACUUGAAGAUGUCGACACUCAAACAGAUGUUCUUCAUAAACGAUCAAAAAAUUCUUCAUUCUCUACGAAAUCUUCCAAUAAAGACAAAGAUUCAAAAGUUAAUGAGUCUUCAAAAUUCAGUUUAUCAACAUUUUUGGGAUGUUUGGAUGGUCAUACCUUAUCAGAAGGAAGUAUCAUUAUUAUGACAACUAAUCACAUUGAACAUCUUGAUCCUGCUUGUAUUCGUCCUGGUCGUAUGGACGUGCAUCUUAAUCUUGGUUAUUGCUCUCAUUAUCAAAUUAAAAAAAUGUUUAAA